GAGGAGGCUACUCAGGAUGACGUUGCUUUUUGCAGGCGAGUGCCACACGUGACUGACUUGAUAGUCGGAACACCUCAGAAUACAGACCGAGGAAAGUAGGAGGACUGCGAGAGAAGCCGGACGACCUCCUGGAGCACAGCAUCAGCACCCGGAGGACGGCAUCAUUUCUGGGAUUGCUUCAUUCCUGCAAUCCAGCUGACAUUGAUUGCCCCCUCCAGCGGUUUUGUUUUAGGAAUUGUGCGCGGUGUUUUGAAUGCCUCGAACAGCUGCAGCAAUCUUCGCGGUGCUGACCGCCUUCCUCUGGUGCUCACCCGCUCUGUGUGCUGUAGGAAGAACCCGCCAGCAGCUCAAUUACCGACCAAUUAUCGGUGUGUUGGCACAGGAAAACCUUCCAUGGGACCAGUUUGCUCGUGGGUCUUCUUACAUAGCUGCCUCCUAUGUCAAAUACCUAGAGGCUGCUGGGGCCAGGGUUGUACCUAUUCGAAUCAAUCGCACAGAAGAAGAGUACGCCAAGAUAUUUAACUCAAUAAACGGGUUGUUGUUGCCAGGUGGAGAUGUAGAUCUUCAGACGUCACAGUUCAGUCGAGCUGCCAAGAUCUUUUACAACUUGGCUCUGAAGGGCAAUGAUGCUGGAGACUACUUCCCUAUUUGGGGAACCUGCCAGGGCUUCCAGCAGCUCACUGUCCUGACUGCCAACAAAAACCUCCUCACGCUUACUGAUACUAAGGCUGUGGCUCUACCUCUGACACUCACAUCAGUGGCCCCAUCUAGCCGAUUAUUCCGGAAUUUUCCCAAAGAUUUGCUGCGGUCUUUGGCUAGUGAAAACAUCACUGCAAACUUCCACAGUUGGAGUCUGUCCAUGCAGAAUUACAGUCGAAAUGCCAAACUCAGGAGGUUUUACAAGAUCCUGUCCACUAACAGUGAUGGAAAGAAAGAAUUCAUCUCUACUAUGGAAGCCAACCAUUACCCAUUUUAUGCUGUGCAAUGGCAUCCAGAGAAAAGUCCUUUUGAGUGGGUAGAUAAGCCAGGAAUGAUUCAUUCUGUUUCCGCUGUAAGGGCCAGCUUCUACACUGCCAGCUUCUUUGUUUCUGAAGCCAUGAAAAACCACCAUCAUUACCCCAGUCCUGAUGAGGAGGACAAAGCUCUCAUUUACAACUUUCCUCCUGUUUACAGAGGCUUUGAUGCUGUUUUUGUGCAGAAUUAUUACUUUGAUUGAUGAUCAGUGCUGAAGAUGAACCAUACCUGGUCACAGCCUAGUCCAAGUUAGUCAAAUCUUGGUUAAUUUUCUGCUUUAAACUUGAUAGAGUUUCAACAUACAGUGGCCUAAGAAAUCAAGUCACAGAUAAAAUGCAGAAAUGAAACUGUGAUUGAAAUGUAGUGAUAGAUGAUAGCUGAAAAUAUGUCAGAAUGCAAAUAAAGUCCCAAGUAAUUAAUUUGGGAGAAAAAA